AAAUGCCUGCAUGCAAAGCCACGUGUCCAAGGAAUUGCUCCCAAAUAAAAGACGGGAACCUUUUCAACAAUAACGGAGAACUGCUAGACGUCAACAAGUAUGGACGUUGGGCGGGCGGAAACGGUCGAGCCUAUUUGUAUGGUGCUAUAGACAAGAAAAAUUGGAAUGACGCAUAUGCAUUUUGCUGUCGGCUGGGAACGGAACUGGUCCGAAUCGAAACCGCUGAUGAAAUGACGACCAUCAUCCAGCUAAAUAACAACAUUACCGAACUAAAAUAUACACAAAAAUUCUGGACCUCAGCAAGCCAACAAGACUGUCCUUACCAAUUUGAAUGGUGUGACAGUGGGAUAGCUUUAGCGCCAAUUGAUACCAAAUGGGCGCUAGAGGAGCCGAGUUUUGAUACUGGGCAGGAAUUCUGCGUUGACGUGAAUCUCGCUACUGGAAGUCCAUCAGGUAAUGGAGUUUUGGAAGACCUUACUUGCUCGAGCACGCUCGCUUUUAUUUGCGAAAUGCCGUUUCCAAAAAUGUGCCCAAAGAUCACUUGCCCUGAUUAUGAAUGUGUUCUUGACCCAAAAAAAGUAAACGAGUCUGCUAACUGGAGGGCGACAACCGGCAUGUUUCGCAGCGCUUGCAACAGACAAUACUAUCUAAGUGCCGACAAGAAAACUCAAAAAGACGCAGCUGCUGAGUGCUGCAAAUAUGGUCUUCGGCUAGUGUCCAUUGAGACGCUCGACGAGCUUAAAUGCCUGAUCGAAAUGAACAAUUGGUUCGUAAAAAAUGCAUUGCUUUAUUGGACGUCGUUGUCCAAUGAUGGCAUUGGAUGCGUCCGUUCGCACGGUUGGUGUCCAGAGGGAUCGCCUAACUCCAAUGUCAUACCCUGGGCCUCUGACGCACUGCAGUCGGCCGAGACGGAGAAUUGCGCUGCUCUUUUCCUUUCCAAUAGUGUCGUUAAGACCUCUGUGUUGCAGGAUUAUCCUUGCGACACUCAAAAUUUCUACAUGUGCGAAGGGGACAUACAGCCCGAGUGCCAACCCAGCUGCCCUUACACAGAUUGCACAAAAAAUGUUGCGCUUUUUGGACCUGAUGACAAGUUGUUGAAUCCAACAAUUUAUGGCACCUGGAAAACUGCUUGUGGCCGAACUUACAUGUUUAGCACAGAUUCCCGAACUGUGGAAGGAGCAUGGAAUCUGUGCUGCAGCAUUGGGAUGAAUUUAAUUAGCGUUGAAACGGAUCAGGAGCUGAAGUGCUUACACGAUCUUAAUAAUUCCGACAUGAAAUAUGCCACAGAAUUCGUAACAACUGGAAACUCAUUCGGCUGUCCUUUCCUAUUUGAAUUCUGUGGAACUGGAGCUCGUAUUUACAAAAACGAUACAAGAUGGGAUAAACCUUAUGAGCCGAAUAACAACGGAGGCAGCCAAUACUGCUUGUACCUCCAUUUAGCAGUUGGCGCCAGUUACGAUGCCUCAAACCUGUGGGAUCUUGGCUGUUCUGGCCAGAGCAAAUAUAUUUGUGAAGGACCAAUUUGAAUAAAUAAACGAUAUCGCGGAUAAGACUACCUACGCAAAACAAUAGUUUUGUCAAAAUAUGUAUAUGCAAGCAUGGUUGUUUGUUACAGAUUGACACCAAAUAAAAAUUAAAUAUUUG